AUGAAUGCUCAACUCCAACUGAAUCAACAUCGCGAACGCCUCGCUAAGCACUUGGGAGAAAAGGGGGAACGGGAGAGUACUGGUACGCCUAUUGCAGGAGGAAAGACUCGUAUAUCACCUAUUCAUGAGGAGACUUCGUCGCCGUCACUUGAUGAGGCUUUUGCGAGUCCAGUAACUGGCCUGGAAACAGCAUCUACGGAAUCGGUGAAGACUGUCCGAGGAGGACUGACACCUGGUCCGAUGGCUGUUCGAACACCAUCAUACCCUUUCCCACCAAUGCGUACUCCUCAGCAAAGCUUCACCGGCCAUCGACCCUUCACUGCACUGUCGCCAACGGUCAAUCCUGCGAACUAUGCAGGCGGCACGUUCGAUGGCGGUCCACAAGACCAUGUCAUCUCUGGCUCGGUAACUCCAGCGUCAACAAUGAGAUUUCAACCUCCUGGAUAUUUAACUCAAGAAGAUCCUAACUUUGAAUCUCCCAAUCUGUAUGAUUUGAGUCUGAUGCUGGCUUCAGAACCUGGACUCGAACCGUGGUGGACCACUGUCGUUGAGAUUAUGAGAACAUUGUAUCAAGCUGAUCGCGUCACACUUUCUGUUCCUGCUGAUGCGACAGAUGUCGAAAACGUUCCGUGGGGCCAAAAAGCCACGUUCAAUGCGGUGCAAGAAGAUGAGUUGAGUCUGACCUACUUGCCACGAGGUAGUAGUUUCGUACCAAGCAGCGUCGACACUAAUGAGACGUCGAACUCUGGGGACACGAACCCAGCUGACGAAUACUCUGGCACGUCGACACCUUUGCAUGCGGUCCGACCUGGUCUUCUGAGCAGACAUUCUUUCACCGCAUAUGAGGACAGCAAGCGAGCUCCCGCGUUAGUAUCCGAAGCAAACAGAUUACCUGUAACAACACGUCCUACCCCACUUGUACGGGCAAAGAGUUACCUCUCGACACGUCCAGACCUGCCACCAAGAACUGCAACUUUACAGAAUGCUGAACUUAACCUGCAAAGCCUGGAGGAUCAUAUGGCGUUCGAGGAUGCAAAGCAGUCUGCUUGGGAGAAUCCAGAGUCUGCGAGCAGAGAGACGCGAGGCCAAGUCUUCCCUGUGUUGCAAGCACUGGAUUACGAAGCAGAGCCACUCAUUGAUAACAAAGGUGUUAUGAGAGUUCUAAAUCGUGGCAGAGUUAUUGCUUUGACACGAGACUAUCCCUACGUCGAAACUUCGGUAGACGAGAAGAGCCGUGGAAGCAAGACAUCGUCGAAGUCUAAGGAGUCGCCUGAAGAUAAGUUGAAGAGAAAUAAAUCUCCAGACGUUAGUUCACGUAUAUCGUCAUUCUUCGGACAAUCGAGACCACGUCGUGCACGAAGUCAAAUUAGCGACAAAGGCAAGAGCAUGCCUUCGUCGAGGCGAUCGCUUGAUCUUGAUGAUAGUCCGCAACCGGCAGUGCCCAGAUAUGAAGAGUAUGAACAAGCUCCUCCAUCGCCUUGGUCGCAAUCACCAGCUCCAUCACCAGCUGUAAGAGCAGAGACCUCUGAAAAUCCCUUCUUUGCCAAUGCACCCGUCGACGAAGAGUCGUUCAACCCUCGCACAGCUUCUCAAGACUAUACCGGCAUGCCGCCACCCGAGACUAUCGGCGUCGACAGAUCAUGGACUGUUCUGCAUAUUCCACUCAUUCAUCCAUUGCUUUCGAAACCUGUUCAAUCAUUUAGACUGGAUACCGCUGCUAUGGAGUCUAGAACUACACGUGGGAAGGGAGGACUAGGAAAGAACGCUGAAGAUCCCAAAACCAAGCCGAAGGACGAGCGAAAGACGAAGCCGAUCCCUAUUGCAAUCCUCUCGAUACUCAGCCCCGUCAUCCCUUAUCCUUCUAGUCUAAGACAUUCGCUUCAGCAUCUCUCGGCGCACUUAGCUACAUCCUUCUCGCUUUGCCGUCACUACUCUAAUCUAGAGACAGAAAUUGCUGGAUUAUCUCGAAAGCGUCCUCAGACUACAGGAUUUGGUGCGGUGGCCGCCGGUGGUAGACCAAGCGAAGAGUCGAUUUAUCUUGGAAAGACAACUUACUCGCCAGCUGACGAAGGUGGUCCUCAGCAUUCAACUGGAGGCAGCAUUACCAGCCCAAGUGAUUACUCCGGUGUUUCCAGAAGCACUGCAGGAUCGCCCGGAGCUACACCAGGUUGGGAUCCAGGCAGUGUUGGCAUGAGUAUGGACAAGCGCUCUACUGGCGGUAGCCCAAGUUAUGUCUCUGGAGAGAGUUAUUUCAGUAGUCGGUCCAGACCUGGAAUUGGUAAAGUUGAUACUGGUUCUGCAAGCAGUAUUGCAGGAGCCAGACGUUCUUCGAAGGAAUCGUCUCCUGCUGACACGAGAUUACAAAAGAUGACCUUACCCACAGAGGGAGGGCAGGACCAAGAGACAUCUAUCAGCGACUUUGCCGAAACCCCCUCAAAGGAGAAGCAAGAACCUGAAGAUCUUAGCUCUUCUACUAGCACGCCAAAGCAGGAACCUCGCGCCCAACGUCAAUCUCGUGAUAGCCACCCAGAGACCCCUGAAGCUCGUGAAAUCAGUCCUUCCCGCCAGCAACAAGAGGGUCAAGAGCGACCACACACCCAACUUCACUCAUAUGGAGCUGACUUUGGUGCGACCUUCCAAUCUUUGCCUACGACAGCUACUCCUCUCAAGACACCUGCCAUACCAAAGCCACAUUCUCGCUCUGCAUCUCUGUCUGCUCCUGCAUCUGAUUACAUGCCUCCACCGUCUGAUCGAGUGAAGAGUAUCAUGCUUGACUCGCUACCAAUGCACAUCUUCAUUGCUCUGCCACCAACUGGUGAAAUCGUGUGGGUUAACAGCCGCUACCUUACCUAUCGUGGUCAAAGCGUUAAGGACCUGCACGAGGAUCCAUGGGCUACUAUCCACCCCGAAGAGAAAGACGACUACUUGAAGGCAUGGAGCACUUGUAUCCGCACCGGAGAACAAUUUUCGAUGCAAGUUCGGCUGAAGCGCUUUGAUGGAACCUAUCGGUGGUUCUACACCCGUGCUGUCGGAUUGAGAGACAGCAGAGGCGUUAUUGUUCAAUGGUAUGGCACACAUAUGGACAUUCACGAUCAACACAUUGCCGAAGUGAAGGCUGCUAGACAAGAAGAAAUCGAGGCAUCGGAAGCAAAGCACAAGCAGCUUGCGAAUCUUAUCCCUCAGAUCAUCUUUUCUGCAACAGAAGAUGAGGGCGUUACUUUUGCUAACCAGCAAUGGCUCUCUUAUACUGGCCAACCUUUCGACGACGCUCUUGGUCUUGGCUUCAUGGACUAUGUUCAUCCUGAAGAUCUGGCGAGAUGUCACAUUCCCUUCAACUCACCACCGACUCCUUCUGCACCAGGCCCAAAGAAGCCCGCAGAGCCAAGCCGUAACCCGUCACAGACAUCUUCAGGCGGAAAGUCGUCAAACAAGUCAGGUGUCUCCGAUCCUGUCACCGAAACUACCAUCCGAGGCAGAUACCAAUCGUUAUCAAGAACUAAUAGCUCUAGCGAUGGCUCCGUCUAUGAGUUUCCUAGUGCCGACUUGACAGAGCUCACUAGAUCGGGUGUUAUCAAGGUGGACAAGGAUAGCAAUGGCCGCGUUUCUUAUAGUUCUGAGGUGCGACUCCGAUCGAAGAGUGGCGAAUAUCGUUGGCAUCUUGUACGCUGUGUCGAGGUGGACAACAUCAAUCUUGGUAGCGGAGACGGUUCCUGGUUCGGUGCAUGCGCCGACAUCAAUGAUCAUAAGUUGUUGGAGAUGAAGCUAAAGGAGGCAAUGGAGUCCAAGAGCAAAUUCUUGAGUAACAUGUCUCACGAAAUCCGUACACCGCUCAUCGGUAUUUCGGGCAUGAUCAGUUUUCUCCAGGAUACGCCUCUCAACGACGAGCAAACCGAUUAUUGCAAUACUAUCGCCUCAAGUGCUGAAGGUCUCCUUAAUAUCAUUAAUGAUAUUUUGGACUUGGCAAAGGCUGAUGCAGGUAUGAUGAAGCUUUCGUACGAUUGGUUUCAUACUCGUUCCUUGGUCGAAGAGGUCAAUGAGAUGGUUUCCACUAUUGCCAUUACCAAGCAUCUGGAAGUCAACUACGUUGUUGAUCCCGAUGUACCUGAGAUGAUCAAGGGUGACAGAUUCCGCAUCCGUCAGGUUUUGUUGAACGUCAUCGGCAAUGCUAUUAAGUUCACGACGGUUGGUGAAGUCUUUAGCCGAUGCACGAUUUUGAAAUCAGACGACGGUGAUCUUCGCGAGAACGAAGUCAUGUUGGAGUUCUCUAUCAUCGACACUGGACGUGGUUUCACACAAGAAGAAGCUGAGAUGAUAUUCAAGCCAUUCAGUCAGAUUGAUGGUAGCAGUACUCGAACUCACGGAGGCACUGGCUUAGGACUGGUUAUCUCCCGACAAUUUGUUGAGUUGCAUGGUGGUAAGAUGGAGGGUAGUGCGAUUCCAGGAAAGGGUUCCACUUUCACGUUUACUGCCAAGUUUGGUCUGCCUACCACUGACGACCAUCCCGAUCCACCAUUGACACCGGCCCUAAGCAAGGUUCCUUCAGCUCAAUCGUCGGUCAGAUCAUCAAUAUCCGACGCUGGCCUACGCCCUUUGAAGCAGAUCGCAGGAUCCUCGUUCCCUCAGACAGAAUCAGUACUUACCGACUCACCAGCUGUCUUGUCUUCUGGCAGUUCAGAACCUUCUCUUCGUUCGGCUCGUUCUCACGCUACCAGAUCUUCCAACUCGUCGAUUGCAGGAUCUCUGGCUCGUUUUGGUGAGGCAGCUCGCUCAAGCUCCGUUGAUCCUUCCAAUAUGAAAUUAGCACUUCCUGACAGAUUGUCUCCACCACCUGGAUCUCCUCCAUUGCAAGGGCUGACGCCUACCCCACAAACAAUCUCGACUAGUGGCUCGACCUCGAUUCAAAGUGGUACUCCUACUGAUGCGAAGCACUUCCGUCCGCCAAUGUUCUCGAUCCUACUCAUCUGCCCUCAGACUCAUAGUCGUGAAGCAACUACUCAGCAUAUCGAGAUGACCUUGCCAAAGGACAUUCCUCAUCAAAUUACAGGGCUAGCCAGUGUUGAGGAAGCUAGAGUGAUGAUUGGUGGUGAGGAUCCUGUGAUCUUCACACAUAUUGUCUUGAACCUUGGUUCCGCUGAGGAGAUUGUGGCUCUUAUUGAUCAGAUCGUUGCAUCUAUCUCCUUGCCACAGACUUCCAUCGUGGUUCUCUCCGACCCAGUCCAACGUCAAGAGGUGAUGAAGCUCGCUACAGUCUAUGACUAUGAUCAACUUGCCAAGGACAAUCGCGUUACAUUCAUCUACAAGCCUGUCAAGCCCUCGAGAUUUGCCGUCAUUUUCGACCCAGAGAAGGAGCGUGAUUUGAGUACAGACCGCAACCGCUUCAGUGCUCAACAACAAGUUGCAAACCAACGACAAAACUACCUAGACAUCGGCAAGCGUCUCGGUAACAAGGGCCACAAAGUCUUACUAGUCGAAGACAACGCCACGAACCAAAAGGUCCUCCUCAAGUUCCUCAGCAAGGUCGGCAUCAACGUUGAUCUGGCACUGGACGGUGUCGAAUGCACCGAUAAAGUCUUCUCUCAAUCCCAUUCCUUCUAUUCCCUUAUCUUGUGUGAUCUCCACAUGCCCAACAAAGACGGCUACCAAGCCUGCCGCGAGAUCCGCGAGUGGGAAAAGAAGGAAUCGCACCCCCGCAUGCCAAUCAUCGCCCUCUCCGCCAACGUCAUGGCCGACGUCCUCGACAAGUGCGUCGCGGCGGGCUUCUCGAACUACAUCACCAAGCCGGUCGAUUUUAAGGCCUUGAGUACCGUUAUGGGUGAUUUGCUGGAUCCACUUCCUGGUCCUGAGGGGGGCAAGAUUUGA